AUGUGUGACAUAGAUUUAAAAGACGAGUCGAUCGACUACAUUGAAGACAAUAUGUGUCGGUCACUGCAUACCGUGGUCAGCGAGGGUCAAUCUGGAUUCAUUGUGUCUACCGGAUACAGAGAAGAAGGUUACUAUUAUGACCGUUCUGAUCCUAGGUCAUGUGAGUUGUAUAUUGAAGUCUCAAAUACCAGCGUUCUUCAGUUGUCCUUCGAGUCUUAUUACUACAGUGGCAAUCCACGGGAAUACAUGGUAGUCUACACAGUAGGACAGCCUCAUACCGACUCCCACCAUUUAGUAGAAGUAGUUUUCUAUAACAUAGACUACUACCGUAUGAGAGAUGGUUAUCGACUUACUCUGCCCAGCCAUUGGGCUUACGUGAUUGUCCAACCAUCGCUGGAUGGCGAGAGGUUCAAAAUGUGGUACAAGGCUGUCAGUAGAGAUUCCUACAUUCCGAUAAUAAGUGGCCCAUUAAGAUUCGAACUCAACUGUUCUGGGUAUGAACACUCUCUUCCCCCAUACAUUCGUUGUGAUUUAUAUGAGGACUGUGCAGGAGGUGAAGACGAGGUGAACUGCGCGUCCGAAGAUGAAGCCUGGUGUCCUGGUGGUUAUGUCUUGGGGUCCAGUUGUUAUCACUUCCACGACCAACAGCCUGACACCACUUGGCAGAUGGCGGAGGACAUGUGCGUGCAGCGGAAUAACGGUCAUUUGAUCAUUCCAAACUCCGAAUCAGAGCUGAAUUUUUUUUUUCUUUUACUGGAUAAAAUUAAUAAACCGUGGUAUCUGGGUUUCCGGCGUAAGGACUUUGGUGCGGAACUUUUGUAUCGGAAAGUUUACCAAGGUGUGGACGGGACUACCGUGUUUGGUGGAUUCAAACAGCAAUUUGUCUCUGAUGUCGCUGCUGCGUGCGCUGCGUGGGACAGGGAAGGUUUUGGUGGUCAAAGACAUGUGACUAACAUACAUUGCGACCAGGUCUCUACCAUAUACGAGAGAUAUGUUCACUCUGACUUUUAUAUAGUCUGCGAGUCUAAAAAGCCAGAAGUCGUCCAACCUCUCGUGACUCCCACCCUGGCUGUUGUGUGGACAGCGAAAAGGGAAACGUUUGAGUGUGUGGUCAGUAAAGAGAGAGUCCCCCUGUCCAGGCGAUGUGACUGGAUCUCAGACUGCUGGGACGGAAGUGACGAAGUCGGCUGCACUAGUCUGAGUGACGCACCCUCGUAUGUCUGGUUUACCUGCACGUCUGGACGUCCGCUGUGGUACUCCCACGUCUGUGAUGGUGUCAGCGACUGCGUGGACGGUUGUGACGAGGAGUUUUGUGCCCCGGCCCCUGACGACAACCCAGCCCUGGCGGUGUGUGCCGAUGGAGUCCCGGUGCCGGCCUCUGCCUGGUGUGACGCCAAACCCGACUGUCUGGACGCUUCUGACGAGCUGGACUGCUCCAGGUGUAACGGCGGGGCCCUCCUGUGUCCGUCUGUGGGCUGCCUGCCGCCCCACUGGGCGCACGACCACGCCCUGGACUGCCACCUCAGAGACAAGAGUGGUCAGGAACUCCCAAGUACGUAUCAGAUCAUCUUCCUUCACCGGCCUAGCCAGGCUGAGAAGCUUACACCUGGAUGA